UCCGCUUUAACUAGAAUACGACACUCGUUCUUGCCAACGAGGAGAGGGUUUCAACAUUCGACGAAACCAGACCUAACUUAACUGCCUGGUGCUCAUGCGAUUGGGUGAAUGACCGGGCUUGGAUGGAUCAGUCGUUGCAUUGUGCGACGACUUUGGACCCCUCGCCCGGACCCAGAGGUACCUCGUUCCAACUCGGAGCCUGCACGCUUCUGCCGAAUAUUCAUCAACACCCGCAAGCAAGCAAGCAGCUAUGUAGUACACGCCAUGACACUUCCACCCCACGUGUCUGUCGCCUGACGAACACUAAGGUGGGGAGGGGGAAGGGGGGUUGCCCCUUGUGCCAGAAAAAGUUCGAGAACUCCAUUAAUAACGUCCGAAGUGCAAAAAGUGUAUUUCCUAAAUGGUGGGUCAAGAAUGUCCUCGCCGCUCCGAAGCAUGGAGCAUUGAGAUCUUACGCAGCUGGCCUCCGGCUUGGGGGUGGUCAUGCAAUUGCGCUAUCAUCCCUCGGGCCCCCUUGCUUCGAUUCUUCCCGAUGCCGUCGUCGCAAACGGAAACGUCAACGGCAAAUUCGAUCUGGUUCUACCAAGGUUUCUUUAGGUAACAUGGCCAUUUGGCUAAAUCUAUGGAUGGGCCAUCGCUCCUUUUUCUUGACACCAUUUAUUCAACCCUCUGGCCAACAAUCUCGUUGCAUUGACGGAGAAGACUGGCGAGAUCUGCCUGGCUGCGUUGUGGGGUGGCCCGGCUGCCCGGGACCAAUGGAGAUGGCUGGCACUUUCCGCUGGCCGUGUCGCGCUUUUCUUGCUCUCACAUAGUGGUGUGUGCACCUCACUCGAAAUCAACGGGGCAUCGAAUUCGCCCGGCGCGUUUGCACUGCACUCGCAGGUCGUGCCGUCAAGCCGCCUCAAACAAGCGAUGGUUUUCAAUUAAAUAACGCCUGGCCAAGCGAGCUGGUUAUGAUCGCAGACUCCAGGGCGGAAUUUAGGGUGUCCUGAGAUCGAUGAUGGUUCGUUUGUGCGCAAAAGG